AUGGAUGUAGCGUUCAUGAUUGACGCGUCGGGAAGUAUUAUCCCACCAGACCUUCCUGCUUUGAAAACCUUGAUCAGUAAAGUUAUCUAUCAAUUGGUAAAAACAGCUGAUGGUGAGUUUUUUCUUGCAGUUAAAUGAUGUUCAAAAUUUCGGCCGUCUCGAAGGUUUAACAUACCUUUGUGAACUUGAUUUCUGGAUUCCUCAUAGCUUGAGGCAUUUCGACCGUUGUGAGUGUUAAAAAUAAGUUUGUACCCGUUUAG